AUGAAGCAUAAACACCAACUCCAACAGAGCAUCUACAUCCACGUGGCUUCAUCCUCAUCCAUUUCAUUAGUAAUUUUAUUACAACAAUUUGAUAAUACUGAUACUAUUGCGAAAAAUACAGUAGGCCAACGAAAUGCAAUAGCUAAAAUCAAGAAAACAACUCAACGAGUAUUUGAAUAUGAACAAGCAAUCAGAACUAUCAGUGACCAAAAUUUAAAAGACAAAUUAUCAGUCAAAAUUGAAGUGGAUCAUGUGAUUAUUAAAGUAAAUAAAAAAAGGCUAGGAAAACUUAAAUGUCACAGAAGCUCAAGCUAA